ACUGUGGUGUAGUGCUCAAGUAGAGGACUGAUCUCAAUCUCUAUAGAGAGAGAGGACCCAACAGAUGAACAAAAACAAAAUGAAGCAGCAAAGUAUUUAGAGCCACCCAAACAAAGAAACCAUCUACCUUACCUCUAUCAGAAACAUGGCUUCAUUUCCAUAUCCAAACACAAUCUCAUCCUACGCCAACCUCCUUCCCACCCUAACCCUGCAACUUCCUGCAUCUCCAAACACUCGAAAAAUGAGUAUAAUUACAAAAUGUGAGGCUCCGGAAAGAGAGAGAAAGAGUGAGCUAAGCAUCGGAUCGCCUAUCAUAUUUGUGGAGGCACCACCCACUUUGAAGACUGCAGAUUCUAUGCCUUCUCUCAAGAUUAACAAUGGUUUUGUUAAGCCUGGUGAUGUAGGGAGAAUUGUUGCAAGAAAGCCCAAGGAUGUGUGGGCAGUGCGGCUCACCAUUGGCACUUUCCUUAUGGAUGCCAAGUAUUUCAGGCCCCUAGAUCUCGAUGGUUGAACGGCUAGGAUUUGCAUUUCAAGGGGCUACAUGCAUGGUCCAAUAAAAUCUAGAGAUAUAUUCCUAUUUGUUUUCCCAUAGACAGAUGCAGUUUUUAAUCUUUCGUUCGUUUAUGUACUCGUGGUUAUUAAAACGCAAAAAGGAAAAUACCAUUAAAGUAGGAAGUUCACCCAAGUCUGUAUAUUAUAUUUUCUUUGAAAUAGAAUAGCAAGGUGUAUUUCUUUUCAACGA